AUGAUUAGCAGCGACGGCGAGUCUCAGAGUGCGGAAACACCCGGUUUUGACCCCCUGCAGAAGCAGCCGGUGCCGGCUCUGGGGCCGUCCCAGAACCCGUCCCGGGCUGUGGCCCUGAGGCCCAAAUCUUCCCAGCGAGGCCUUGUACCAGAGGUGAUUCAACACCCAGAACCUUUUCUUCAGAAAGCAGCCUGUGCACCCCCAAUUCCAUCAGGUAGUCCAAACAAAGGUCUAGAGAAGUUGAUUGCAAAAUAUAAAGAGGGAGUCAUAAACCCAGUAUUUGCCUUGCAUCAGUUUGCACAAAUGCACCAUGUACACCUUGAACUGAAAGAAACUGCUGUGGCAGGUGAUAUCAUCGCAGGGUCUUAUUUUGCCUUUUGUGCUGUGGUGGAUGGUGUUCGCUUCAAGACUGGACUGGGAGUAAGCAAGAAGCAGUCUAAAAUAAAUGCAGCUAAAUUAGCUCUUGAUGAGCUGCUGGACUUGGAGUACACAGGGACAAAUGCUUCUGAAAAGUCAGGUGCCAUUUUGAAGUGUAUAUAUAAAAAAAUAACACAAACACUUGCAGAAGUAUUUAACAGCCUGACCUCCAAACAUCCUGAGUACCAAGGUUGUGGCAGUUCACUGGCUGCGUUCAUCAUUGAAAAAGGUGGAAAGCAUGAAGUUGUAGCUCUAGGAACAGGAGAAUGUAAUUACAGUCAGUGCUUUCAAACUUCUGGAAGAGUGUUGCAUGACAGCCAUGCUAUUGUUACUGCAAGACGUUCACUACUUAGGUACUUUUAUAGACAUCUUUUGCUGUUCUAUAAAGACAAUUCAGCAAGGAGAGAGAAAUCAAUAUUUUGCACAGCACCAGGCUCAAAGUUGCUUAUCCUAAAGCCAAAUACAACUAUCUUUCUCUACAUGAAUCAACUUCCAAAAGGAACUGCUCGGUUAAAACCACUGGUGUAUCUCAGUCCACAAUCUGUGUCUGCUUAUGAAGCUAAUGAAAAAUUGAGUCUCCAUGUUGCUGUAGAAGGCAAGAUUUACCUAACUGUUUGCUAUCCACCUAAAUCUUCUACAGUCAGCAGUAUGUCAGCUAGUGACAAGUUAACAAAAUGGGAAGUGGUUGGUGUGCAGGGAGCAUUGUUGAGUCACUUCAUUGAACCAGUGUAUAUCAACAGUAUUCUUGUAGGAAAUGGAAAUUGCAAGGAUGUAAGAGGACUAGAUAUAGCUACAAAGCAGCGUGUUGAUGAUGGACUUACGUCAAAGCUUCCCAUGCCUUAUGUGGUCAACAGAUCUCACACUUACUUGGUGAAUGCUGCACACCUAAUUCAAGUAGACUUUGAACAGGUGUCUCUUAGUUUGAAUUGGUCAUUGUCAGAUGCAUCACUGGAGGUUGUGGAUGGAUUAAAUGGAAAAACCAUUGAAAGUUCACCGUUCAGAAGUGGCAUUAACAUGGCAAGUCGCCUUUGCAAGGUGGCAAUGUUCAGUCGUUUCAGGAUGCUUGCAAAGGAAGCAGAAAGGAAUGAUUUGCUUCAAAUUGCAACAUAUCGUGAAGCUAAGCUUCAAUCUCAAUUAUACCAAGAAGCAAAAAACUUGCUGCAAAGCUACUUAGAGCGACAUAAUUAUGGAUCCUGGAUUGUGAAGUCUCCACAUAUCGAGCAGUUCAGCGACUGA